AUGGCGGCUGAAAAUUCUACCAUGAAAAAUAUUGACAGCUUUAUAAUCACUGGAUUUGAUCACCUGCAGAACCAAAAGCUGCUUGGAUCCCUCAUCUUGAUAACCUACAUACUCAUACUGCUUGGGAAUGGCAUCAAUCUGUGUAUCAUCUUGGCUGACAAACAUUUAUACAAACCAAUGUACAUAUUAAUGUGUAAUUUAGCUGUUGUUGAUAUAAUUUACACCUCGACCUGCAGCACAACCAUGAUAUCAGUGCUGCUGGCUGAGGAUAAAACUGUUUCAUACUACUCUUGUAUCUCUAGGAUGUUCUUCUAUCAUCUUGGUGAUUAUACAAUAUGCUUGGCUCUGACAUUAAUGGCAAUAGACAGACUUAUCGCCAUCAAGCUUCCAUUAAGAUACCACAGCAUUGUCACAAAUUCACAAACAUUACUUUUUAUUGUACUGACUUGGAUCAUUGCGAUUGCUAUAAUGGGUGUUUUGACAUCAAUAAUAGACAAUGCCCCAUACUGUCAGCCAAUCAUCAAAUAUGUGUUCUGUGAUUAUCCUUCAAUGAUCAGAGCUGCUUGUGUUAAUCCUGAGCCAUACUUUUUCCUGCCUGCAAUGAUUAAUCUGUGGUUUUUCUGUGGACUGUUGCCCUUUGUUAUCUGCACGUAUGCCGUUCUGGCAUAUAGUGUGACUAAACUGUCCAACUCAAGCAGAAAGCAAAUGAUCAACACUUGCUUGAGUCAUUUAAUUGUACUGUUCAGUUUUUAUGCACCAAAACUGGUCUCUUACUUGCUCACUCGAAUAGGAGUUGUGUUGACUUUAACAGAGAGAAAUGCAAUACUGAUUAUUUCAUCUCUUCUUCCUGCUUUAAUAAACCCUGUUGUUUAUUGCACCAGGACUAAAGAGAUCAGGAAACGAUUAGCAGAUGUGUUUUUGCACAAAAAAGUAGUACCAGGUCAAUUUAAGGUUAUAUCGUAA